CCUCGACGCCUUGGAACGAUGCGUAUGCUCUCGGAUCCUCUUUGUAAUCUACAGAAGGAAUCUAGACAUGGAUCGCUUUCGAGAACUUACGUGGUGUGUCUUGCACCACUUUGGAGUACGAACAGCGCUUGGUGCCUCACGCGACGUCAAAUGCCUCUUUGCGCAACGUUUUUUUCGCCUCUUCGGUUAUGGAGCGACAUUCCUGAUCCUCGUCCAAUUUCUUGCGAGCAUCGGCACGUCCGACGGACUCGCUGGACUUUUCAUGACAUUGACCAUGCUGGGUGAUGCAUUCAUCAGCUUCGUGUUGGUUCUGAUCACCGACAAAUUUGGGAGGAGAAGAAUCCUGGCUCUUGGCGCUAUCUUGAUGACCGCUAGUGGCGUAGCUUUUGCAUCGAGCAGCACAUACUGGGUGCUUCUACUCGCUAGCAUGAUUGGUGUCAUCAGUCCCAGCGGCAAUGAAAUUGGCCCCUUCCGCGCGGUCGAAGAGUCCAUCCUCUCGCAGCUCACGGAAAAAGAUGACCGCAGUGAUAUCUUCGCGUGGUACACUAUGUGCGGCACUGCUGGCGCCGCUCUUGGAACCAUAACAAGUGGGUGGAUAGUUCAGACGCUAUCAAAGAACACUUCCGCAGGAGGACAAGCUAAAGGCUAUCGAGUCAUAUUCAUUCUCUACGCCGCGCUAGGAAUCGUCAAACUACUCCUUGUGCUCACUCUCAGCUCUGAAGUUGAACUCCAAGUCCAAGAAUAUGAGUACGUUGAAGUCCUCGAACUCGAUGCAGAAGAUCUACAGUCCCCUGCAUCCUCACCUCGAAAUUCGGUGGAGGACAGGCCUCCGAGUUCAGCACACCUAAAUGAUGCCCAGCAGCAGCAAGUCUCUAAGUCUUCCAGACGUGAUAUGUCUGACAGACUCCGUACGCUGCUCCCUCAGAUUUCCCGGCAGUCUCUACUCAUACUAUCCCGCCUCAUUGUUCUCUUCGCGCUAGACUCAUUUGCAUCAGGCAUGGCCUCACCAUCUUGGCUAACCUACUUCUUCACGACCUUUCACAACGUAGAGCCCGCGACGCUGGGAACACUGUUCUUCACCACUAAUAUCCUAGCGACGCUGUCUAACUUCGCCGCUCUUCCCCUCGCCCGACGGCUCGGGCCUUUGAAGACAAUGACGUUCACGCACCUUCCGUCUGCAAUUUUUCUCGCACUCAUUCCUGUGCCCAACGCCGGAAGCUGGGGAACGUCAGCUUCUAUGGCUCUUCUGAGCCUCCGGGCGUGUACCCAGAGCAUGGACCAGGCACCCAGACAGGCGUUCUUGGCAGCCGUGAUGAAGCCAGAGGAGCGAACCGCGAUUCUUGGUGUGAUUAACAUCGCUAAGACCCUAAGCCAAGCCGGUGGCUUAGGGAGCGCGGGAAUGCUAGCGGCGACAAAAUCGUGGCGGUUGAUGCUGGGAAGUGCGGGUCUGAUGAAAGCCUUGUACGACAUUCUAAUUUUGUGGACAUUUCUAGGAGUACCUGAUAGAGAGGACGAUAGAGAGGUUCGGGAAAGGUAAACAUCUUAGCGUCCAGACAGCUGUACCAUAAAGGCUUUGCGGCAACGCUGCAGACGUCCAGCGAUGUUGUAUUUCCAUCGUUUUCUUAUGGUACAGCGCACGUUCGGCCCCAGCUUUAUUAAUUGUUCAACUUUGGC